UCUUGGGACUUGUUCAAAUCAAGUCAUUGGGACUGCCAUUGUAUUUUUAACAGUUUUUUCCAAAAUGAUGGUUUUUUCCUGGCUCCUGUUCUGCGGGCUGCUCCACGCCUCAGUCCUGCACGCGGCGUGCCCAGCGCGCUGUGAAUGUUCAGAAGCAGCGCAAACUGUUAAGUGCGUUUCCAAGGACCUGCGACACAUUCCGACCGGGAUCCCCGGUUACACACGAAAUCUUUUCAUCACCGGGAACCACAUAAGUCGAAUCGGAUCUGAGUCAUUCAAAGGACUCGAUAACGUGACCACGCUGUCAUUGAGCAACAACGGGAUCACAGAACUGGAGUCCCAGGCUUUCUCUGGCCUCCACAGCCUCCUCUCCCUGGACCUGAGCAGUAACCGCCUGGCUGUGAUCCACCCCGAGGCCCUGACUCCGCCGGGCCGGACGCUGCGGGAGCUGAACCUGAGCCGCGCCCUCCGGGACCCCUCUGCGGGCUCCGACCUGUCCCGCCUGCUGCGCCUGGGCGCCCUGAGCGCCCUGCGGGGACUCGACCUGUCCAGCAACGCGCUGGGCGCCCUCCCCUCCGACACCUUCCGGCGCCUCCCCGCUCUGCGGCGCCUCCUGCUGGCCAACAACUCCCUGGCGGCGCUGCGGAACGGCACCCUGUCCGGCCUGGAGCGCCUGGAGGAGCUCGACCUCAGCCGAAACGCCUUCCGCACCUUCCGGGGCGAGAGCCUCGGGGAGCUGGAGAGGGUCCCCCAGGCCCGGCUGCUCCUGGCCCACAACCCCCUGUCCUGUUCCUGCGCUGGCCUGCCCCUCGCCCGCUGGCUGAACGGCUCGCGGGAGCGGGCGGCGGACGCGGAGGGGCUGGCCUGCGCCUGGCCGCCCGAGCUGCGGAACUCCACCCUCCUGGAGGCGGGCGGGGCGGCGGGCGGUUGCCUGGACGAGAGCGAGGGCGACAGCGAGGGCGCCGACCUCGCCCUGCAGACCUCCUACGUCUUCCUGGGCGUGGUGCUGGGCUUCGUCGGGGUGGUCUUCCUCUUCGUGCUCUACCUCAACCGCAAGGGCAUCAAGCGGUGGAUGUUCGACACGCGGGACGCCUGCAGGGAGGCGCUGGAGGGGUACCACUACCGCAUGGAGGUGGACUCGGACCCUCGGCUGUCCCAGGUCUCCACCACGGCCGACCUGUGAGCCCCAGCCGGGGGGCUCGUCCCCGUUCGCUUCUAUCCCAAAUGGAGAUUUGUACCAGCAGCAGAAUCCAACAGCCUGUGAAUGGCGUAUGUACAUAUAUAGUCUAUGGUGUAAAUAUAUAAAAGGCUAGUGAUGUUCUUCAACAACAUUUGUCUCUAUGAAAGGAAAGCAUGCACUUGUCUACUUGAUUUUUCCGGUUUUAGGCCCGGUUGCACCAUUCCCUACUCCAUCCGUAGCACAGGGUUGCCAGCAGGCUCAGGUAGUAAUCACAAAGGACUUACCCCUGACCCACUAAUGUUUCUGAGCAAGCAAACAUCUACCCCCCUCCUAAAUCUUGCGCUAUUCCCUUUUGUCAAGUGCCUUGACCUCUCGAGGUUUUGAUAAGACCCCCAGCUCGUCUUUUGUAUUGCACAGUGGUUUUCUGCUUAGUCUUGGUUUAGGACUGACCUCUGUGGUCCAGGGUGUAAGGGAAGGACUUCUACAGCAUGAAAUACCUGCGAUUCUGGGAGAGGGUCAGGAACAUCUGUUGUGGUGGGGAGGUGAGAAACUCACCCAUGGUUUUUGUAGGAGGGGGUCAAAUCCACUUGUGAUUUUGGGAGUGGACCAACCACACCUGCAAUUUUGGGAGAGGGCCAACCCCACCUGCAGUUCUGGGACAAGGCCAACCCCAUCUGUGGUUUUGGGAGAGGGGCCAAGGCCAGCUCCACCUGUGAUUUUGGGAGUGGGCCAAACCCCACCUGCGAUUUUGGGAGAGGGGCCAAGGCCAACCCCACCAGCGAUUUUGGGUAAAGGUCAAUAGAACGUGUAACGGUGGCGAAGGGUCAAACACACCUGUUGUUCUGGAAGGAAGGGGUGUGGGGUGUGGGUUGGAAUGAUGUUGAGAUGGGGGUCCCGGGCAGGACGCCUCUCUGCAGAUGUGGCAGUGGAGACGCCCUGCAGCCCUGAGGCUCCUCUUUGUUGUUGCUCACACUGGAUUCUCAGGGUGAUGAGAACCAGCCCUGUUUCAGAACCGCUCGCCCCCCCUCCACCCCCGACCCCCCACCCCCACCGGAAGACAGCGGCCAGACUGAAAGGGCUUUGAAGGGGGGGGUUGGAUUUUGCUUGUCACAAACCCCCCAGCUGUGUCUGUUUAAAGGACUCGCCGUGAUAAGACGCAGAUGACUUUGAUUGUGUCAGGAAUCCAAGUUUCUCUCGGAGGGUUUUUAUCUGCCAUCCCUGGAACCGCUCAGAUUUACUGUCUCCCUGUUCUUCACCGCCCUGAGAACUUUUGUCAGAAUGUAAUAAAGAGCAGAACGUUUACUCUAUUUAUACGGGAAAUGCAGCAAUAUUCCUAAUUGUAAUUAUUCCAUACGCUUGAGAACUUGUUUUGACAGCUGUCCUUUCAGCAGGCUGCAUGUACAGGAUGUGCACUUGGUUAGAAGAGAAGAGUGCAGUUUUCCGCUGUUCUGGGUAACUGUAAUCAGUUAAUCCAACAGGGAGUUUGUCCUGAGAUACACAACUCACAACCUGUCACCGUGGCAAUUACAUUCACACGAUCUGUCCGAUUGUGAUUCUUAACAAAUUGGCAACAUUUAUUUUUACCAAACUGUUGAGUUUGGAUAUUCUUCCUGGUAUUUUAGCCCAAAUAUGCUCCCAUUCUGUACAUGUUGCCUGUUUUGUUUUUUUUAAUCGCCAGAGAAUAAAACAUUAAUCACCGGAAAAUAAAGCACCUGUUUUUAUAAAUUCCUGGAAAGACCCCUCAAUUUAAACGUGGUGACCUUUCAAUGUUACUGUCGAUGCUAUAUAAUAAGUGUAGCAAGUUUAUUUGAGAUCCCAUAUUUUUGUGAUAUAGGCCACAUGUUUAGACAUAUGUUAGAAAAGGCAUUCUUUCUGUUUUGCAUUUAAAGUAUAAACUACACUCUUAAAGCACCUGUCUGUGCGCCCAGGUGAACACACACUUACUGUCGAGAAGUUCAGAUGCUUGUGUGUCCUGGGGUUUGUAGCAGUUCUGAACCCUGCAGAGACUGCAAAAGAGGAAAAGUUCAAAGGAGACGUCUCAAAACGUCCCACAUCUGUGUCUUUAUCUGGUCUGCAUGUUUCUUUUUUCUCCCUCUCGCUCAAAAAAAUUUUUUUGAUCCGAUUAAAAACAUCAUUUGGUAAUAUAACUUCACAAGCUCCACAGUUUGGAUCUAAAUCCAGUGCGUUAGCUGGGCAAUGUUAAACACAUGCUGCCUCGGAUUCCAUUCUUAUUAGUCUGCCAUUUUCUCUGCAGCCCCCAGCCAUGUGGCCCCACGUCCCAUUGGCUGGGUGGCUGUUUGGAACUGUUCGGAUGUGAUUGGUUGUUUGAAUUCAUGAAAGUCUCCUCUGCAUGCUUAAAACGGAUAUAAAUACUGAAAAGGUAUACUUGAAAUAAGCAUGAG